GGUUCAAAUCUUCAAUGAUCCAUAAGUUUACAUAAAUUCCAUUUCAUACAUAGUUUACACGGUCUACAUAAUUGACUUUACGUUGUUAACGCGUAAUGAAGACUAUAUUUUACGCGCAAACACACGACCCUGCCGCUUAUUUUCGGAGCGUAGGGUAUAUAUGCAUACGUUCACGCCGCAAACUAGCGACACCUGGGUCAAACAGUCUCGAUCGAGUCACCUCGACUUCGUUGAAUGCGUCUUACGCGUCGAAUGCGCGAAUGAUUAGAUUCACUCUACUCGCUUGCCUGCUAUUAUUUUCAUCGUCGUUUCCCGUGAAAUUGCCACGAUCGGCAGGGGAAGGGACGGAAAUGUCAAGAAUGCUCGCGGUAGACUUCGAGGUCUUCGGCGUCGUGCAAGGUGUCUUCUUCAGGAAGUACACGCAGAAACGUGGUAAGGAGCUGGGUCUGAAGGGAUGGUGCAUGAACACCCCAAACGGUACCGUGAUCGGCCACUUGGAGGGAGAAAGGGCGCAGGUCGAGGAGAUGAAACAGUGGCUUCGCCACACCGGAAGUCCUCAGUCGCGAAUCGACAAGGCGGAAUUCCGCAACGAGAAGGAAAUCUCGCAGCCGACGUUCUCCAACUUCGAAAUCCGGAAGUAGCUUGGUGUUCUCUGAAAACAAGCAAUAUAAUCACAUAAAUUAACAUUCAAGUUUUUAUGUAAGUCGCGUCAGCUUGUAACAAAGCUGUAUUAUUUAAAUAAAUAUAAUAGCACAAUUUUA